CGUCAUCAUCACUAACGAACUGAUAUUGGCGUUAAGCAAAUCAACCGCAAAACAAUGACCGAACAUUGCAUCGUUGAAGUAUCUUCCGGUCUGAUAAAAGGCUUGAUAACCCGACACCCUGGAAGUGAUGCUGCGUGCUACAGCUUUAAAGGAAUUCCUUAUGCCAUCCCACCGGUCGGUCCAUUACGGUUUCGUCCCCCACAAUCCCUACCACGACAUCCGGAAGGUAUCCUGGACUGUACCACUGAGCGGGCGGUCAGUUUAGCGAGCAGUUACCUCCCACCGGAUAACGUGCUCGCUUCGGAAGAUUGUUUGUUUUUGAAUGUUUACACACCGAUAAAUCCGCACGAAGCGACAGAACCGCUGCCGGUAAUGGUAUGGCUGCACGGUGGUGCUUUUUGUACCGGAAGUGGCGAUUCAUCCAUUUACCAUCCCGAGUGGCUCGUAGCGGACGGUGUCAUUGUCGUCACGGUGAACUAUCGGUUGGGUCCGGCAGGCUUCUUGUGUUUGCCAUCGGUGGGAAUCUACGGCAAUAUGGGACUGAAGGAUCAGCGCUUGGCACUGGCAUGGGUUCGGUGUAAUAUACGCAGCUUUGGUGGUGAUGCGGGUAAUGUGACCCUGUUCGGGGAAAGUGCUGGAGGUGUUUCGGCACAUCUCCACUACAUGUCGGAGCGAUCGAAUCAUCUGCUCCACAAAGUCAUAUGCCAGUCAGGUGUGGCGACCAGUUCGAUUACGUUUGGAAAACAUCCGGAAGGUAAAGCGCGUCGGUUGGCGGAAUAUUUUGGUUGUUCGGCGGAUGCGUCCGAUGAUGAAGUUUUGGAAAUCCUUACAAAUGUCGAGCCGGCACUGUUGGCCAAAUCGCAGAAGGAAGCUCUUACACCGCACGAGAGAACGCUCGAUUCAGUGUACCCGUUCCGGCCGGUUAUUGAGGUCCCAGAAUCCCACGAUCCAAUUAUAACGGAAGAUGUGUUCAAAGUGCUGCGCCGUCCGGAUAAUGGAUCGUGCAAACCAAUGAUAAUCGGCGUCAACAAUGAGGAAGCAUUGUACAAGAUAAACACCUUUCGGCAACAUCUGGAUCGGUACAAGGAGGAUAAAUGUCGCUUCAUUCCAGACCUUCUGAACGUUCCACAAGACGAACGACCAGAGGUAGCACAGCGAAUUAUUGAUUUCUACUGUGGUUCUGCUGGCGUAACUUUAGAGAAAGAGUUCGAACUUAGUCGCAUAUUUACGGACACUUUAUAUCUGAUUCCGGCCGUACAAGCUGCCGAACUGCAGCUGACCCAUAAACAAGGACAAAUCUUUUUCUACCACUUUGGCGCUGACACCGAGCUGAACAAAUUCCGUCUGCUAUGGAAGGUACCGGAGGAGUAUCGAGGGGCAAGCCAUGCGGAUGAUGUGUGCUAUCUGUUUAGUUCGAGAUUCUUUGCAACGGAAUCGGUACCGAAUGAUUCGCCAGCUUGGAGAUUGAGAAAGGCGAUGUGCUGUCUGUGGGCCAGCUUUGCCAAAACGGGUGUCCCACGUACUGAAGAUGUGGAUGUAAGCUGGACAUCGCUCAAAAAACCAGAUGCGAAAUCGUUUAAUGUAUCAGCACUACAAAUAGACAACGAGCUGAAGAUGGUAGAAAAUCAUCUCACUGAUCGUGUUGGUUUUUGGAGAGAAUUGUUUAAGAAGUACAAUAGUUGGGACAUGGAAAAAGGGCAAUAA